UUCAACGAGUGCUUGGUAUUCUUUCCAUUUUGAUCUUCUCUUGUUUUGUUUUUCAACUGAAACACAAUGGGGAACGUACUUUCAAGCGUCUUUCAACCUGCAACAAGUUCUUUCCUACGACAGGCCAAGUAUAUCUUCGAACUGGAAGCUAAUCUUGAGGAUUUGCAAAGGGAAGAGCGACACCUCGAAGCAGCGAAGGUUGACUUGCAGAACCAACUGGAGGUGGAAGAACGAAAAGGUUUGCGAGGGCUAGAAGAAGUUAAGGUGUGGCUUUCAGAAGUCAAAGCCAUCCAACCAAAGGUCAGUGAACUGCUUGAAGAUAAGACUGCAGAACUCGAAAGAUUGUCUAUGUGCGGGUACUGCUCCAGCGACUUGUUUUUAACCUAUCGUUAUGGUAAAGAUGUAUUAGAAACGUUGGUAAAGGUAAAAAGUAUUUUGUCCUCAAAACCUUCUGGCGAGGUGGCUAGGAAGGCUCUUCCACCUGGUAUAGAGGAUAUAGCCACUCAACGCACAGUCGGUUUAGAGGAGAUGCUUGAAGCUACAUGGAGCCGUCUCAUGGAGAAGGAAGUUGGAAUCUUAGGUCUUUGGGGUAUGGGUGGAAUAGGGAAGACCACACUUCUCAAACAAAUCAAUAAGAAGUUACUUGAAAAAAAAGAUGAGUUUGGAUUCGUGAUAUUUGUUGUGGUGUCUCAAAACCUACAAGUUGAAAAGAUCCAAAAGGAGAUCGGUAAAAGACUAGGCCUCUGUGACGAGGAGUGGGAGAAAAAAGACCAAAACGAGAAAGCCACUUGUAUAAAAGAUGUUCUUACAAGUAAAAGAUUCGUUAUGUUAUUAGAUGACAUAUGGGAGAAAGUGAAACUACAAGAGAUUGGAAUUCCAUUACCCUCACGAGAAAAUGGAAGCAAGGUUGUCUUUACCACUCGCUCGAAAUACGUUUGUGGGCGUAUGGGCCCUCAUGACUUGGAAGUCAAGAAACUAGACCAGGAGAAUGCUUGGGAACUAUUCCGACAGAAAGUUAGAGCUAACACACUUGAAAGGGAUCCAAAGAUCCUCCACCUAGCAAGACGACUUUGUGAAAAAUGUCAAGGCUUACCCCUAGCACUCAACGUUAUUGGGGAAACAAUGGCAUGCAAAACAUCAGUAGGCGAGUGGGAGGAUGCCAUUGAUAUUCUAAAUACAAAUGCGACCAGCUUUCCAGAAGUUAAAGACGAGAUUCUUAAAGUUCUGAAGCUUAGCUAUGAUGAUCUUAAGGACGAUACAGUACAGCAAUGUUUCCAGUACUGGGCUUUAAUCCCAGAAGAUGAAGAAGUUGACAAUAACAGUUUGGUCCAUCACUGGAUAUCGGAGGGGAUCAUAAAUGGAGGUGGAGAUAGAGAAAGAGAUAUCAACCACGGUUAUAGUAUAAUCGGUAUCCUAGUUAGUGCAUGUCUGUUGAUGCCUGGUGACACUUUUCCUUUAGAGGUAGUAACAAUGCAUGAUGUGAUUCGCCAAAUGGCUCUUUGGGCUGCGUCUAACUUUGGGAAAGAGGAAGAGAAAGUUAUCGUCAAGACAGGUGCUGGACUGCAACAGAUGCCUGUAGUUAGGAACUGGAAUGCGGUGAGAAGGAUGUCACUGGCAAAAAAUAAGAUUCAGAACAUCUCCAUCUCUCCGGUGUGUCCUAACCUUACCACAUUGUUGUUAUACAUGAACAAUCUGGUGAACAUCUCAGGUGAAUUUUUUCUAUCGAUGCCGAAGUUAGUGAUUUUGGAUCUAUCUUUCAACAUAAAUCUAACCGAGUUGCCGGAAGAAAUUUCAAGCUUAGUGAGCUUGAGACAUCUUGACUUAGCACGAACAAGUCUAGAGAACUUACCUGUAGGAUUGGGAAAGUUGAUUCAGUUGAGAUAUUUUGAUUUGUCAUACGUACGAACUCUUCAAAGCAUCAGUGUGAUAUCAAGUUUGUCUGGAGUUGAUAGAGGAUAUCAAGUUACUGAGGAAUUUGAAAGGCUUGGGGAACGUCUUUUAAGUAUCCCCAAAUUGGCUAGCUGUAUCCUAUAUAUAACUCUGGAGGGAAUUGUAGCAAAAGACGGUCCUUUGCAGUUAGAAAAGGCUAUGGCUAGCCUUCGCUAUAUCAUGAUACAAGAAAGUUUCAUCUCUGAUAUAGUGGAGCACACGAGAUAUGGAUGCAGAAGUACAAGUUCCAUAUCCUUCCAAAACCUCAGCUUUGUCAUUUUUUCUGGCGUCAGUGGUAUACAGGAUUUGUCGUGGUUAAUCUUCGCUCCAAAUCUUACGAUAGUAUCCGUAGAUGGGCCAUCACCGGAGUUGCAAGAAAUUGUAAGCAGUGAAAAGGUUUCUGUCAACUUGGAGGAACUGAAGAGUAUCUACUCAAAACUGUUGGAAUUGCCUAGUCUAAAGAACAUGACGAUACUAAACUGUCCAAAGCUGAAAAAGCUUCCAAUUAGCACGAAGGUACUCGACUUUAUCCAACGUGUAGACAUAGUUGCAGACGAAGAAUUGUGGGAAAAGUUGGAAGAUGAAGCUACUGAAGACUAG